AUGAUUCAAGAAAUUGAUAUCGAUAUAUUUAUUCUCAAAGACUCAUUAGAAAAUGUAGUGCUUAAAAUCUACGAUUUCGACAACUCGGUCAACAAAGAUCUUCUGGACAAUUUCGAUUAUUAUAUCCUCGUAUAUUGUUGUGGUAUCGUUUUAUCUGUUGAUCCAUUAUUGGAACAAAAUUCCGUGACGUAUUUAGAUGAGCUGUUUAUUGCGAUUCCAGCGGCAAUUGCUAUAGCUUGUGGAAAGGAAGAUUACCUAUUUCGCAUAGCAUUAGACAUUGAUGAAAUAACCGCAGAUGUAUGCGACAUUUAUACAAUGCUUAACACGAUACUACUAAUCCCUUUUCUAGUUGUUAUUCUUCGAGAUCCUACAUACAUCGAAGACACUUUAUUUCAGUGGUUGACUGAUGGAUUGAUGGCUGGAGCUUGUUUUAUAGUAGCAAA